AUGAAGAUGUUCUUUAUUCAAAAAAAACAAAAGGUACUUGGAAAGAAAGUUAUUGGAGAUUUUUGUGAACAAAUUGGUUCACCUCCAAUUAACUCUAGUAAUCUCGAUAAUCAUCGAGAAAAGAAUAAGGUUCAUAAAUCUCAUAAAUAUUCUAAACCUCGAAAAAAGCAAAAAGAAAAAGGGUUUAGAAAAACAUCUAAUGAAGAUGUUCUUUAUUCAAAAAAAAAACAAAAGGUACUUGGAAAGAAAGUUAUUGGAGAUUUUUGUGAACAAAUUGGUUCACCUCCAAUUAACUCUAGUAAUCUCGAUAAUCAUCGAGAAAAGAAUAAGGUUCAUAAAUCUCAUAAAUAUUCUAAACCUCGAAAAAAGCAAAAAGAAAAAGGGUUUAGAAAAACAUCUAAUGAAGAUGUUCUUUAUUCAAAAAAAAACAAAAGGUACUUGGAAAGAAAGUUAUUGGAGAUUUUUGUGAACAAAUUGGUUCACCUCCAAUUAACUCUAGUAAUCUCGAUAAUCAUCGAGAAAAGAAUAAGGUUCAUAAAUCUCAUAAAUAUUCUAAACCUCGAAAAAAGCAAAAAGAAAAAGGGUUUAGAAAAACAUCUAAUGAAGAUGUUCUUUAUUCAAAAAAAACAAAAGGUACUUGGAAAGAAAGUUAUUGGAGAUUUUUGUGAACAAAUUGGUUCACCUCCAAUUAACUCUAGUAAUCUCGAUAAUCAUCGAGAAAAGAAUAAGGUUCAUAAAUCUCAUAAAUAUUCUAAACCUCGAAAAAAGCAAAAAGAAAAAGGGUUUAGAAAAACAUCUAAUGAAGAUGUUCUUUAUUCAAAAAAAAAAAACAAAAGGUACUUGGAAAGAAAGUUAUUGGAGAUUUUUGUGAACAAAUUGGUUCACCUCCAACUAACUCUAGUAAUUUCGAUAAUCAUCGAGAAAAGAAUAAGGUUCAUAAAUCUCAUAAAUAUUCUAAACCUCGAAAAAAGCAAAAAGAAAAAGGGUUUAGAAAAACAUCUAAUGAAGAUGUUCUUUAUUCAAAAAAAACAAAAGGUACUUGGAAAGAAAGUUAUUGGAGAUUUUUGUGAACAAAUUGGUUCACCUCCAAUUAACUCUAGUAAUCUCGAUAAUCAUCGAGAAAAGAAUAAGGUUCAUAAAUCUCAUAAAUAUUCUAAACCUCGAAAAAAGCAAAAAGAAAAAGGGUUUAGAAAAACAUCUAAUGAAGAUGUUCUUUAUUCAAAAAAAAACAAAAGGUACUUGGAAAGAAAGUUAUUGGAGUUUUUUGUGAACAAAUUGGUUCACCUCCAAUUAACUCUAGUAAUCUCGAUAAUCAUCGAGAAAAGAAUAAGGUUCAUAAAUCUCAUUAAUAUUCUAAACCUCGAAAAAAGCAAAAAGAAAAAGGGUGGUUUAGAAAAACAUCUAAUGAAGAUGUUCUUUAUUCAAAAAAAACAAAAGGUACUUGGAAAGAAAGUUAUUGGAGAUUUUUGUGAACAAAUUGGUUCACCUCCAAUUAACUCUAGUAAUCUCGAUAAUCAUCGAGAAAAGAAUAAGGUUCAUAAAUCUCAUAAAUAUUCUAAACCUCGAAAAAAGCAAAAACAAAAAGGGUUUAGAAAAACAUCUAAUGAAGAUGUUCUUUAUUCAAAAAAAACAAAAGGUACUUGGAAAGAAAGUUAUUGGAGAUUUUUGUGAACAAAUUGGUUCACCUCCAAUUAACUCUAGUAAUCUCGAUAAUCAUCGAGAAAAGAAUAAGGUUCAUAAAUCUCAUAAAUAUUCUAAACCUCGAAAAAAGCAAAAAGAAAAGGGUUUAGAAAAACAUCUAAUGAAGAUGUUCUUUAUUCAAAAAAAAAAACAAAAGGUAUUUGGAAAGAAAGUUAUUGGAGAUUUUUGUGAACAAAUUGGUUCACCUCCAAUUAACUCUAGUAAUCUCGAUAAUCAUCGAGAAAAGAAUAAGGUUCAUAAAUCUCAUAAAUAUUCUAAACCUCGAAAAAAGCAAAAAGAAAAAGGGUUUAGAAAAACAUCUAAUGAAGAUGUUCUUUAUUCAAAAAAAAACAAAAGGUACUUGGAAAGAAAGUUAUUGGAGUUUUUUGUGAACAAAUUGGUUCACCUCCAAUUAACUCUAGUAAUCUCGAUAAUCAUCGAGAAAAGAAUAAGGUUCAUAAAUCUCAUUAAUAUUCUAAACCUCGAAAAAAGCAAAAAGAAAAAGGGUGGUUUAGAAAAACAUCUAAUGAAGAUGUUCUUUAUUCAAAAAAAACAAAAGGUACUUGGAAAGAAAGUUAUUGGAGAUUUUUGUGAACAAAUUGGUUCACCUCCAAUUAACUCUAGUAAUCUCGAUAAUCAUCGAGAAAAGAAUAAGGUUCAUUAAAUCUCAUAAAUAUUCUAAACCUUGAAAAAAGCAAAAAGAAAAAGGGUUUAGAAAAACAUCUAAUGAAGAUGUUCUUUAUUCAAAAAAAAAAACAAAAGGCCUGUCUGUUAUAUAUGUCUCAUAUCAGGACAUUACAGGACAUUACGCUAAUAAGUGUAAAAUGAAAAGAAAGAUCAAUAGUUUAUCUAAUGAUGAAGGUUUAAAGAAAACGUUAGAAAAACUCUUCCUGUCCGAAACAGAUGAGGAAGAAGAUUUUAAAAUUGCUACUAUCGCAGAAGAUGAAAGUGAUUCUGAAGAAUCACCUGACUCUAGUGAUUCAGACUGUAAUGGUAAUUGUGACUAUUACAAAACUCUUUGUAAAGCUAAUGGUUUAUGUGUCUUAACCAAGGAAGAUAAUUUUAUCCUCGAAGUCAUUGAUCAAAUAGAUGAUUAGGACAAAAGAAGAAAAAUUCUUCAAGAAUAUUUAGAACAUUAUACUUCAAAAAAUUCCUCGAAAGAAAUUAAAAUUGCAGAACCUGAAGCUUAUAUCUUAAAAGAAAUUCUUGGAAGAAUAAGGACUCCUAAUAAGGAGAAAGAAGUCAGUAAUAAUGAUUUAGUUCAAGAAAUUAAGUCUAUUAAAAAAGAACUUAUAGUUUAAGAAAUGGAUUUUCUUUCCUUGAACUUGCACAGAAUAAUAAUUCUGAUAAUGAAGAAGCAGAGUCUUCUUCUACACCUAAAGAAGGUAAUCUUGGAUAACUUGUUUAUGUUAAUAUGAUUAAUAAAAUCAUAACUCUCAAAUGGUAUAUACUGAUUACUAUCAUAGUUAAAAGGGAAUUCUCAUUCUCAGCUAUUGCUAUGGUAGAUUCAGGUGCUGAUAUGAAUUGCAUCAAUGAAGGAUUAAUACCUUCUCGAUACUUUUCUAAAACUUCAUAAACCCUAAAUACGGCUGAUGGAAGUAAGCUUAUGAUAAAAUAUAAGCUUGAUAAUGGAGCAGUCUGUAAUAAGGGAAUUUGUCUUGAUAUGCCAUUUAUAACUGGAGGAGCCGUGAAGCCGACACAUGAGCUUGGAAUCGAAACCCAAGGAGGAAGUUGCACCACCUCCACCACCACCUGCCACAUAAGCCCGUACCCCCCGCUUUGUGGGGGAGGUGAUUUCUAUCCAACCCUUUUUUUUAUUUGUUGUAUAUAUGUGUUGUGUGUGUGACGUAAGUGUUUGCUUAAAAGUUUUUGUUAUUGUGGUCUUGCCGGCCUUGUUUUGCAUGUUUUGUGGCCUUGCCGGCCUUUGUGAAUGUUUUGCGUUGCUAGUAAUCUCUCUCUAAACACUUGGUCUACUUGCUCUCGAGCAAGCAAUGUCCAAGUGUGAGGAGGUGGGAUUCUUGUGUGUUGUUCUUGGUUUUCUAAGUUUUAUGUGAUGUGUUUCCUUUUCCAACAUUUUAACCAAACUUGCUUGAGGGUAAGCAAAGUCUAAGUGUGAGGAGGGGGUUUGUUUUGUUGUUCGGUCGUGUUUGUGUUGUGUCGUUUUUGUAAGGAGUUGUGUUUUAUCUUUUUCCCAAGCCUUGAUGCAUAAUUUGGUAAUGGUCCCCCUAUUGAAUCGUAGCAAAAAAAUGACUUGUUGAAUCAUAGCAAAAAAAAUGACUUGCUUUGUUUUGAAAAAUUUAUUCAAGAACUUGUGGUUUUGAUUGAAUGAAGUUGAGUGUGAUGGAAAUGUGAAGCACUUCCACUUGCGUAAAAACCCACAAAUGGUAAGGUUCAAAGCCUCAAAGUAGAACACUUUCUACAUGUAUUUGAGCGUGGAAUGACAUUGCAUUGCAUGAUUGUUGAUAUCACUUGGUCACUAUGGCAUAAAUAGAGGGCACUAGGAAAAGCCAAAUUGAGCCUUAUUCUUUGUGAUUACAUCAACCAAAAAGAGCUACCCCUAGUUGCCCCAUUGAAACCUUGAGCCUACAUUUUUUUUUAAAGUUAGAAAAUGGUUUCCCUCUUGUGCAAAAUAAAUGUGCUUAGUUGCCCCUACAUGAUCACCACAUUUUAGGAAAGAGAUAGCAAAUGUGGACAUCAAAAAACAAAAAAAAAUAUGCCUCCCUCCACCCAAAAAAGAAGAAAGUAGUGGCUACCAUGAAAAAAAAAGAAAAAGGGAAACAUAAAGAAGAAGAAAAAAAUUAGAAAAAGAAAAAGAAGAAAAAAAAGGGGAAGGAAGAAAAACAAAGAGAAAAUGACAAGGAAAGAGUGGAAAUGUAGAUCAAAUAAGAAGAAGAAGAAGAAGAAGAAGAAGAAGUGCAUCUCUACAUUUGGUUUGAUUGUGGGUGAUUGCGUUUGGAGUUUCUAAGUACCCAUUUGGAGAAUAAGCGCAAGUUUUUGUUGUACUACACUCAAUAGCUUAGGACCCCUAGGAUCUAACCGACAAUAUUUAAAUGGUCCAAAGCCCCAUUACAUCCCAUGCAAGACCCUCUUGAGCUACAUGUGAUAAAGUGAUAUCUCCUUGAUUGUAUCUUCGUCAUCAUUAUUGAGAGAAUUGUCCUUACAUUUUGAGAGGGCCAGGGAGUGAAUCUUUUGCUUGUGAUAUGUGCUUAACUAUCUUGAUGAGACCGACGGUUGGAACCACAUUGUUCGAUGAAGAAAAUUAUGUUUUAAAAAUCUGUUUUCAGCUUGGUUCUUGGGGGUAUCAUUACGCUUUUCAUACAACUUACUUGGUUUGUCUUUCAUGUGUUUCUCGAGUCGUUGUGUGUGUUUGUGUUUAGUAAAUGUCUUUGUGUUAUGUUUUGUUUUAGUUAGUGUGUGUGUGUAGAAAGUAGAGGGGAGUGACUUAAACUAGCAAUUGAGUGAAAAGUCCAACCACAUACUUGGGACAAGUAUGAUCCAAAUGUGGGGAGGUUUGAUAGGCUAGUUUUCGUCACUCGGAUUUGAUCACUUUUCGCACUUAUUAGUUGAAUAUUUGCAUAUAAAAAAAAAUUCUUUUUGGCAGGGUAUGGAUCAUUAAGUUCGGAAGCUGCUUAAUGAAGGCACGAAGAGGAAAACAUGCAAGAAAGAGGGCAAAAUGUCAUGAAAUGGAAGAAUGGGGAGGAAGAAGGCAAAGAAGACUAACUGCCCAAGCUGUUGGAUUGGCCAAUUUGAACCCGGCGGGAAAAUGAUUAAAGCCACUUCCACACACUUAUCAAGGACAAAUCCCACUUGCUACACACGCCCAUAUCUGCCCUUGAAGAGUAAAAAAGAAGGGGAAAUAUCUUUUAUUGGAGAUAUGUAUUAAAAGUACUUAACUUUCCAAGGACAACAACCACUAGUCACUCAUCACUUUCUUUAGUUUAGUUUAAUUUUAUUUCUCUCUAGAAAACUUCUCUCUUCCUUAAGAAGAGAGAUUUCAAACUAAAGGCUGCGAAGAUCAUUGUUCACCAUGGGUUGAAGUAGUAGUAAUUUAGUAGUAGUGUUUAUUUUUUUUCUAGUUGCUUGUUCUUAACGUUUGGAGUUCUUUUGCAUCAAUCUCACUCUUAGUUAUUGU